AUGAGUAGUGUAAGAUCAUCAUCAUCUAUUCGUAUACAUCUUGAUUUACCCUCCGAAGAACAAUCAAAAGGUUCAUCAUUUGAGUUAAAUUCUAUUUCAUCAAUUUUAUCACCAUCAAAAAAGAAAUUAAAUAUCAAUUUAAGUAAUACAUCAUCAACUAGUGAUGGACAACGAACUGCACGUCUUAGUAGUCUUAGUAGUAGUUAUGCACAAUUUUUAAAACAACGUGAUAUGGAUAAAAAUAAAAAAGUCCUAUCACAAGAAGAUCAUCGUUUGUUAUUAUCAUCGAGUGAAUGGGUAGAAGAUGUUAAAGAUAGUGAUCCAUAUGUAUCUGUUCUUAGUCGAUUAGGUGAAGCUAUUCAAGAUUCUGAAACAUAUUUUGAAUUUGUUAAAAAAUCCUUUUCAAUUAUUACACAAACAUUUAUAGCAACCGCUUUACUGAUUCUUCUAACAAUCUUCCAAGUCAUACUUUUCUUUAUGGGAGUUAAAUAUCUCAAUGAUUGUCCAAUUCAACCAAAUUUACCAGUUUAUCUACUUGUUGUUGGAUCAAUGGGUCUUGUACGUGUGCUGAAUUUAUUAUGGAAACAAUUUCGUCGAAGGCGUAUGCGAAAAUUAGAAGGUGUUGAACUUGAUCAAGAAGAAGAAACGGAAAAUGAUGGAUCUAGUUUUACUGACGCUGUUCUAAAUCUUUUUCUUCUUGCUUGGUUUAUUGUUGGACAAUUCUGGACAUGGGGUGUUUAUUUACCAAAUUUUGAAUUUGGUCUAGAAAAUCCACAUCAUUAUUGUCAUCGAAAUGUAUAUGUAUUUGCACUUGUGCACAUUGGUUCUGUUUAUGUUUUAUUUCUUGCUGCAAUUUUUUUUCUUAUUGCACUUACAUGUUGUGCUAGAUUUCCACAUUUAAUUGUUAAAACACCACGUUAA